AUGAAGAACAGCGUAGCUCUUCUGGCCCUUGCCGCCGGCGUCAGCCAGGUCACUGCCACCGGCUGGAACAAGUUCCCCUCUUUCACCUGCCCCCAGAACACCGACAACAAGUGUGACGACAAGCAGAAGUCUGGCUUCUCCUGGGGUGACCUGAACACGGGAUCGUUCAGCAACUAUGGCGGAUUCGACUUCAAGGGCUGGACCUGCGAAAACGACUUCUCCAAGCGCGAUCUCCUGGCCCCCCGCACGUUCAACAAGGGCAAGGUCAUCUCUGGCUCUUGCGGUCAGAAGAAGGAGACCUCCCCCUCCUUUGGCUGCGGCUCCGGCUCCGGCGCCCCCGACAAAUUCUCCAUCGUCCACUUUGACGUGACGGUCGAGUUCGACUGCGACCUCGAGUUCCACUACGACAUGCCCGACGGAUCCAGCUGCAAGCACCGCAGUGCCUGCUCCAAGUCCGGAACCACUGUCAAGAACUCUCAGUGCGGUGGUGCCAAGAACGUCACCAUUGUCUACCCCCAACAGCCCUCCAAGCCCAAGUCCACCUGCGGUCCCCCCGAGACUUCGGCGCCUCCCAAGACCACGAGCGCCGCCCUCCCCAGCGCCACCACUCUGAGCACCAAGACCACCCCCGCUGCUGAGGCGACUUCCACCGCCAUUGUUCCCUCCAUCUCCAAGCCUGUCGAGCAGACCAAGCCCGCCACCACUGCCCCCGUCAAGGAGACCGAGACCGUCCCCGUUCCCAGCAAGGGCGAGACCACCUCUGAGGCUCUUCCCUCCAUCUCCAUCCCCAUCAAGGAGUCGACCACUGCUGCUGUUCCCUCCGUUUCCAAGCCCGUCGAGGAGACCACCGCCGUUGUCACCAAGCCCGCCGAGGAGACCACCCCCGUUGUCACCAAGCCCGUCGAGGAGACCCCCUCUGCUCAGCUCCCCACCGUCUCCAUCCCCGUCCCCGUCCCCGUCAACGGCACUCAGCCUGCCAAGACCGAGAACGUCCCUGUCGUCACCACCCCUGUUGUCCCCGAGACCAAGACCACUGUCUACGACACCACCUCCACCAUCUACACCACCCGUGUCGAGACCGUCACCUCUUGCGCUCCCGAGGUCACCAACUGCCCCGCCAACUCUCACGCCCUGGUCACCGUCACCGUUCCCCUCACCACCACCGUGUGCCCCGUCACCGAGACCAUUGUCCACACUCCCGGCGCUGCUCCCUCCAAGCCCGCUGGCCAGCCUCCCAAGGGUGUCUCUUCUGAGAAGCCGGUUGCCUCUGCCCCCGUCUCCAAGCCCUCUGCUACCAAGCCCGCUGCUCCCGUCGAGACCCUUCCUUGCCCCGAUGUCGUUCCUCAGUGCCUGAGCACCUGGAUCUGGUCUUCCGGCUGCACUGACAACUCCGAUGCCAACUGCUACUGCCCUGACGCCAAGUUCGUCGAGAACGUCUUCAACUGCAUCUACUCCUACGGUGCCAGCGAUGAGAUCAUCUCCAAGGCCACCCAGUUCUUCCAGGGUAUCUGCGCUCCUCACAUCCCCCAGAACCCUGCCAUCGUUACCGUCCCUGCCGCCAUCACCACGGCCAUCACCGUCCCUGCCAGCAAGCCCGCUGCCACUAACCCUGCCGAGUACACCACCGUCACCGUCGACAAGACCAUCGUCGUCCCCUGUGUCACUGGCGGCACCACCGUUCCCGGCUCCUCCACCACUGCCACUAUCAAGACCACCCUCGAGGUUCCCCACGUCAGCUUCGCCACCAACUCUGGCUCUGACGUCGUCCCCGUUCCCGCCCCCUCCACCCCGGCUGGCAACACCCCCGUCCCGACUGCUCCCUACCCUACCACCCCCGCCGCUGGCGCCAGCAAGACCGCUCCUCUCGGCACUGGCGGCGCUGCCGUCCCUACCACCACCGGCGUUGUUGUCGCCGGUGCUGGCAAGGCCACCUUCGGCCUCGGCGCCGUCGUUGCCAUUGCUGUCCUCGCUGCGUUCUAA